AUGUUUGUUGGCCCCUUUGACGGCCGCAAGAAGCGUUCGCGUUGUCAAGCAUGCUCAUCGAGCCACCUAAAAUGUUCUGGCCAAGCUCCCUGUACCAAUUGUGAGCGCCGGCACAUAGCCUGCAUAUUUGGGUCUACCACUCAAAGGAAAAGUUCCAACAUCAUACUGGUUGAAAGAGGCGAGCAAAAGACCCCUGCGACCUUCAAAUCCCAUGUUGGAACAACAAAAAGGCAGUCUCCUUCUAGCAGCGGGAGUUCAUUAGUUUCUUCUCCAUCGAGGCUCACGGACAAUGCCUUGUCGUUUCUUUAUUACUUUGACGUGUUUGCCAAACGGAAUAACUUCACGGGAAAGCAGCACCUGUUUUCUGACGAGGUGAAGCAGCUGUCCGGGCUUCAUUCCCACCCAUAUCUCAUGGAUGCCAUGCUAUCUAUUGGCGCAAUACAAGCAGUCAAAUUAAAUGCAUCUGACGUCCCUCCGCGAAAUGAAUGCUUGACGAUUGCCCUUGAAAACUACUCAAAAUCCAUCAUAGGGCUGCGCGAUGCUAUCAACAGCCCUCGUAAAGGGGAUGAUAGUCGACAGAAUACGGUGCUGUGGACAACGCUAUUACUUGGCCUAUUUGAACUGAUAAAUGCCGAAACUGGCACUGGUUGGCAGCAACAUAUGACAUAUGGAACGGCAAAGGCACUUGAAGCCAGCGGGCCGAUAAGUUGUCGCGCAGGCCCAAGCCGAAAGUUCUUUGUUCAAGCACGCAUUUUCGAAGUAUCGCGUACUAUUCUAGAAAACGAAUCUACGUUUCUCACGCAGCCAAGAUGGAUGGAUCUGUCUCGUCAGAUGUGGACUGGCGAGCAUGGGGAUGAGUGGCACCCCUUGGACUCUUUGCUGGAUAUCAUGGUUAUGGUAUCAAAACUACGAGUUCGGACGGCAGAAUUCAUUGAGAUGCAAAAAGAAAAUGCUGGUGAGGAACUCACUCCAAGAGGCAAAUCUUUAUGUUCCAACGCUUGCACACUGAAAGAAGCGCUGGAGAGUUGGUAUACAUCAUAUACACAGCCUGAAAAUAAGCCCGCUACCUACAUUAUGAUCGAAGAAAACGACAGCAUGCUACUCUCAAGAAUAUUCUUCGCCGCCAUCAGUAUCUAUUUGUCGGGCAUAUUUGACUACGAAAUCACGCAUUGGCAUAAUAUCGGUCUCAUACCGCCGACACUGGAUGAAGAGACAAUUCAAAUGCAUACGAAUGCGAUUCUUGGACUUUCCAAUCGUGCUCUUGAUACCACCAACCUCUCGCCGCUGCUGUUCUUGUUCCCUCUGCGGAUAGCAGGGGCCAGAUCCAGAACACGAUGGCAGCGAGACUGGAUAGCGAGGUUAGUAACCAGGAUUGGUAGCGGAUUUGCAGUGGCAGCUGCUAUCUCAACAGAAUUGAACCAUGUCUGGGAAAUAUUUAGUCUUGAGGAGACACACGACACGCCUGAAGACUUCGAGGUGACAUACGAUAAGAUAAAUUGA